AUGAAGGCUCGAAUUUCGGGAUUCAUUGAGAAGAAGUCGUCGCAAUCGGUGCAAAGUUCAGCGAGUGGUGCUACAUCAACAAUGCUAACGAAUGUUCAGCAACGUCGUGCUUCACAAGGUUCAUCCAGUUCCUCCAAUGGUUCCUCGCUACCUCCGGCAGUCUAUGCAACAACUUCAUCCAGCAAUAAUUGCUCCACCAACAGUCCCCAGCGGCCAGCUCCGGCGAUACCUCUUGCAAGCAACCAUAAUUCCUCCUCAUCGUUGCCUGCCGUUAGUUCCUCCAAUGUU